GCGCCGACAAGUUAUGGGGCUCAGACAAAACCGCACUGAGGCAUGUCCCUCGGCUUUAGGCGUCCUACGGGGAGAGAGGGGCGAGUAGUUUCAGAAUAGCGUCUCUGGAAACAGGCGUACAGGUGGAUCAGAGAACCGAAUCUGCUCACUGUUUAUCAGCGUCAUUAGGCUACUUUCCAGCUGCCUUUAAACAUCCACCCCACACCUUGCGCCAGAGGGGAUGAGAGGAGCGUGGACCUGUGCAUUUGAUAUGGAGAUGAAAACAUGGGAUAAAUCUCAGUAAAGUCAAAACGAGUCUAACAAGCUACCAAAAAGGUGUCUUUGGUGAUGCUGUCAUGUGCCAUCUGCAAUCUUCUCUUAUCCUUCUUUAUUCAGGACAACUGAUGCCCAGAUGGUCUGCCCUUCCUCGUGUGGUCCAUUUCAGUUCUCCCUGACCAUCACAUGGGCAACAAACAGACAUAAGAAACUACAACUACUGCUUGAUUCCACCCCACCCCGCUCUGUACACCUCACUUAUAGCCCCUCACCCCUGACCUCAGCCCUUCACUCUCCUCUGUCUCACUCUCUGCUGAGUCUCUCUUCACACUGAGACAAUGUUAACUCUCCCUGAGCCCAACAUGGUGUCCCACAUCCCCAUUUUAGUCUUAGUUAUGAUGUGUCAAGGCGCCUUGCUCUCAGACCCACCACAGUCUCGUCGAGAGAUCCGCAUCGAGGGUGACCUGGUACUCGGCGGCCUAUUCCCAGUGCAUGAGAAAGGAGCUGGAAUGGAGGAAUGUGGUCGUGUGAAUGAAGACAGAGGGAUCCAGAGGCUUGAGGCCAUGUUGUUUGCCAUAGAUAGAAUCAACAUGGACAACACAUUGCUGCCUGGGGUGUCCCUUGGGGUCCACAUCCUUGACACCUGCUCCAGAGAUACAUAUGCAUUAGAGCAGGCUUUGGAGUUUGUGAGAGCCUCUCUCACCAAGGUAGAUGACACAGAGUUCAUCUGUCCAGAUGGAUCUCUUGCUCAACCCGGUGAAGACCCACUUGCCAUUGCAGGAGUCAUUGGAGGAUCCUUUAGCAGUGUUUCUAUACAGGUUGCCAAUCUUCUCAGACUCUUUCAGAUCCCUCAGAUAAGCUAUGCUUCGACAAGUGCCAAGCUCAGCGAUAAGACACGCUACGAUUACUUUGCCCGCACUGUACCCCCUGACUUCUACCAGGCCAAAGCCAUGGCUGAGAUCCUUCGGUUCUUUAACUGGACAUACGUGUCCACUGUGGCAUCUGAGGGUGACUAUGGUGAAACUGGUAUAGAGGCAUUUGAACAAGAGGCACGCAUGAGGAACAUCUGUAUUGCCACUUCAGAGAAGGUGGGGCGUUCCAAUGCUAAGAAGUCCUAUGAAGCUGUAAUCCGCCAGCUCCUCCAGAAGCCGAAUGCCCGUGUGGCUGUUCUUUUCCUGCGUAGUGAUGAUGCCAGGGAGCUGCUGGCAGCUGCUGCCAGGCUUAACACUUCCUUCAUAUGGGUGGCCAGUGAUGGCUGGGGUGCACAGGAAAGCAUUGUCAAGGGAAAUGAGGUCACUGCUGAAGGAGCUAUCACACUUGAACUGGCAGCCAACCCCAUACCAGAAUUUAACAGCUACUUCCUAAGUCUAAACCCUGUCAAAAACCAUCGGAAUCCCUGGUACAAGGACUUCUGGGAGCAGCGGUUCCAGUGCUCUUUAGGAGCAGGUGGUUUGGGAUUGGGAGAAACGCCUCUCCCACCAUGUGACACAAACUUGUCAAUGGACAAAAGUCCCUUUGAGCCAGAGUCCAAGAUCAUGUUUGUGGUGAAUGCAGUGUAUGCCAUGGCUCAUGCCCUCCAUAAUAUGCAACGGAGCCUGUGCUUCAACACCACCGAGCUGUGCCACAGCAUGAAGCCCUUGGACGGGCGCAGACUCUACAGGGAUUACAUCCUUAAUGUCAGUUUCACAGCCCCUUUCUCUCCCCCAGGCAGUGAGACAGCAGUGAAGUUUGACUCCCAGGGGGAUGGUAUGGGCAGAUACAACAUCUUCAGCUACCAACGUGCUGGUGAACGUUACGGUUACGUGCCAGUAGGGGAGUGGGCAGAAAGUCUGACUCUGAACAGCGAUCUGAUUCACUGGCCCAGAGAGGUGGUGCCCACAUCACAGUGUAGCGACCCCUGUGAACGCAAUGAGAUGAAGAAAAUGCAGGCAGGUGAGUACUGCUGCUGGAUCUGUACAGCCUGUGAGGCUCAUGAAUACCUGGCCGAUGAGUUCACCUGCUCACCCUGUGCUCCUGGUCAGUGGCCCACUGACGACCUGAUGUCCUGUUAUGAUCUUCCUGAAGACUAUAUUAUGUGGGAAGAUGCUUGGGCCAUUGGUCCAAUAACCAUUGCCUGUGUAGGGUUUGUGUGUACUGGCCUGGUGUUUUGGGUGUUUAUCAGACACAACAACACACCACUGGUCAAAGCCUCAGGCAGAGAGUUGUGUUACAUCCUCCUCUCAGGAGUCUUCAUGUCCUACGCCAUGACUUUCCUCUUUUUGGCCAAACCGUCUCCUGCUAUUUGUGCCCUGCGUCGUCUCGGCUUGGGUACAUCUUUUGCUGUAUGCUACUCCGCCCUCCUCACCAAAACCAAUAGAAUUGCAAGGAUUUUCAACGGUGUCAAAGACGGAGCGGGUGCAGUGAGGCCACGUUUCAUUAGCCCAUCCUCUCAGGUAUUCAUCUGUCUGAGUUUAAUCUCCGUCCAGUUAGUGAUGGUUUCUGUGUGGCUGCUGCUGGAGGUUCCUGGAACACGACGCUUCACGUUGCCAGAGCGGCGAAAGACUGUCAUUCUCAAAUGUAAUGUUCGGGACUCCAGCAUGCUGCUGUCACUGGGCUAUGAUGUGCUCCUGGUGAUCUUGUGUACUGUGUAUGCCUUCAAAACCAGGAAGUGCCCCGAAAACUUUAAUGAGGCCAAGUUCAUUGGAUUCACUAUGUACACCACAUGUAUAAUUUGGCUGGCCUUUCUUCCCAUCUUCUAUGUCACAUCUAGUGAUUACAGGGUUCAGACAACUACCAUGUGUAUCUCAGUCAGCCUGAGUGGCUUUGUGGUCCUGGGCUGUAUGUUUGCUCCCAAAGUCCAUAUCAUCAUGUUUCAGCCCCAGAAGAAUGUGACCAGCCACAGACUCAAUCUCAACCGCUUCAGUGUCAGUGGGGCUGCAACCACAUAUGCAUCUCAUGCUUCUGUCAGCGCCCAUUUUGUCCCAACCGUGUGCAAUGGGAGAGAAAUUGUCGACUCUACUACUUCCUCUCUGUGACCACAUCUCGUCCACCCUCUACAUCUUCCCCUGUGACUGUUAGCCAAAUGAACAUUUUCCUCUCCAGCUUUGUUUCCUAACAUUACACACAUACAUACACACACACACACACACACACACACACACAAACAAGCAAAUACCUUCUUUGUGGACUAGAACUAUAAUGUUUCACAAAUGUAGAAAGUGUGUAAGUAUAAUUAAAUUAUUUUCUAGGGAUGUAAAUACAUGGAAUUGACAUUGUUGUAUGUAGAGAAACAAAAGACAAAAAAAGUUUUUAGGAGGAAUUUUUGGAGCCUUUGUUUUUGAUAGCUUUGUUAUGAUGCUGUGUAAAAAGACAUGCGCUUAAUCAUGAUAGGAGGGGCUGUGUCCCUCAGCCUGGAUGCACAUUUGUGGCUCUGCUUGCCCCACCUGCAAUACCCACGGACUUUUUAUUCUCAUACUUUUUUGUAGGUCUCAUUAUAAUAACUAAUUAUGUAUGCAUUUCUAAUAUGUAUCUGUACAUUUUGUAUAUUAUACUACUGAUGGUUCAAACAGCACAAUGUUCAAGUCUUGCAACCCUAGAAUGAAUGUGAUUAAAAACAAACUGGAUAGGCUGGAACAGCCAGAAUGGAAAUGGGUGGGGGGGUGAGGAGGGGUCCAUCAAACUAACUGAGAAUUAUUCUGUUCACAUAUUAAUAGAUGCACAUUGCAUCCUGGAUCUGUACAACAACUUACUUUGGCUGUUUUGGCAGAAUAAGAGGUUUUGCUUUUGAUACAAAUGUUCUUAAUUCUUUUAAUUUCUAAUUAUGAAAUCCCUUUAUAUAAAUGGCCAUGGUUCUAGAUGUGUGUUCAGCAAAGCAACAGUAGAUCACAUCCACUAUUGAACUGUUGUUUCUCUGAAAGACUGCUGCGAUAAAUUACUGAUAAUAACUAAUAGCUUGACUGGAAAGACAAAAAAAUGCAUUUCUUUAAGCCUCAAAAUUAUUGACACAGCCUAUGCUGCAGUAUUUCUGUCAACAAGAACAAAUCAGUGUCUUUCCUGGUAUUUAUGAACUUCAUGUACUCAAAUGGCACAAACACUAUGGAGGAAAAUGGUCUGCUUUGAUGAACACAUGUUGAAUUUUCCCAACUACAGGGCAGUAGUAGCUCAUGUUUUCGUGCCCAAUAGAUACUGUAUGUGGUGAUGUUUUGAAUAUGGCUAUGUGCCUUAAUGUAUGUUUGAUAGGUAGAUGUAGUAACAGAUAAGUUUUACAUUACCUGCUUCAAGUCUUUGUUUGGUAAGUUUAAAAGUGGCCUCAGUAUAGAGUACAUGCUUCAGGGCAGCAGCAUGCCAGUCAGUUUUAUUUAGAAACAAGCCUUCUGCCAUUGAUUGUUUACCUGAAGUACUGGAACAACCACUUUGAGGAAUCCCUUGCUUAUAAUGACUUUCUCUACUACCCUCCUUUCUCCAGUCUGACAUUGAAAAACAUGAACAUCUCUGAUACACACCCAUUGCCCAAAUUUUACUUUUUACAGCUCAGCAGCUCCAGUGAAGGAAGGGAGGGAAAGAGAGGAGAAGCGCAGAUAUGCCAUUAAGACGGAGUCUGUGACUCGUCGACUUAUUGAAGUGUGCAGUUUACAUGCCUGUGUUAAAUGUGUUGAUGUUGGGAGGCACAGUGGAGCAGCUGGCUUUGGCAGUCCCAGAGAGGAAGCAGAGCACACAAUGUCAGCUGCCGGCAGAUCCCAGCAAACAAAAGGAUGUUAGAGCAGAACAGUUUUGCAUAAUAUAAAUACAAUUUAUCAAGAUAUCCAUACUUAUGAAACUGAGGCUAGAAAUGUGGCAGAUUCCCUGCAGGAUGAUAUUCACAAAGUGAUGGAAUACAUAAAUAUACAAUAAAUUAAGUUAUGAGAAAAGUCAGUAGCCUAAACUAAUUUAGCUCAUUUAAUUUAGAAGACUUGACUCUCAUGCACUUAUUUGUUGAUUGUGGGAUGGUAGUAAUUUAUUAAUGAACUGAUCUUAAAUGUUUACAUAUAAUAAGCUGUCUAAAAUAAAGUGUGACUGUUACAGUUGAUGUUUUGAACAAGA